AUUAAAACAGUACAAUUGUGAUUAUUUACAAAUUGAUGAAUUCAGAUCCCCCACUCCUACCCCACCCCCGUCUCAGACCAAGUCAACCCUCCUGGACGCAGCUGCAGCCGUAUCAGCCUGUGUCAGGGUUUUCCACAUAGUGCUGCAUUUUGAUGUCACCAGGCGGAUAACAGAAGCUGCUGCUAGCACUGGCCACGGUCUUAUCAACUAUUAUUAAUGUUCAGGAAGCAACAUGACGCCUACUAGGCAGUGGCUAUUGGCCGGUUUUGUGCUUGUGUGCAUUUAUGAAGCAGCUGAAUCUAAAAGGAAUUUCAGAUGUCCUUCAGGAUGCUCCUGCUCCAAGGAGACGAUCAUCUGUGUCGGUACUUCACAGAUCCCACGGACUAUACCGAAAGAGAUUACCUCAUUGAGCUUGGUAAAUGGAUCAAUUGCUGAAAUUACAGAGGGGAUGUUUUCCCUUAUGUCUUCUCUUCAGCUGUUCUUCUUCUUUUACAGGCUUAUAAAUGCAAAUUCUUUGACCACAAUCAAAGAUGAUGCUUUCUCUGGUCUUCCACAUCUAGAAUAUUUAUUCAUUGAAGGGAACAAGAUUGAAACAAUCACCAAAAACUCCUUUCGCGGUCUUCGAGAUUUAACUCAUCUCUCCCUUGCCAAUAACAAGAUGAGAUUUCUGCCCAGAGAUCUCUUUUUUGACUUGGAUUCAUUGCUGGAGCUGGAUCUACGAGGCAAUGCUUUCCAGUGCAGCUGUGAGAACAAGUGGCUGAUGACAUGGCUGAAAAACACAAAUGCCACAGUAUCGGAUGUCUUCUGCGCCGGCCCCAGUGACAUGAAGGGCAAGCGGCUCAGUGACCUUCCUAUCCCACCAGGCGAAUGUAUGUCCACAGACUUCGUGCGUCAUCAGUCCAUUCCCAUUCAGUCCAUGUCAGCGGACAUCUUUUCCUUUAAAGAAGACAUCUAUGUGGCGAUGGCUGCCCCAAACUCUAACAGCUGUGUGGUGAUGGAGUGGGAUCACGUCGAAAUGAAUUUCAGAAAAUUUGAUAAUAUAACAGGGAAGUCUGUUGUUGGAUGCAAGUCAGUCCUGAUUGAUAACCAUGUGUUGAUCAUUGUCACUCAGCUCUUUGGUGGCUCCCACAUUUACAAGUUCGAUAAUCAACAAAACAAGUUCACCAAGUUUCAAACCAUCGAAGUCUUUAACAUCUCGAAGCCAAAUGACAUUGAGGUGUUCCAAGUUGAUGGAGACUGGUACUUUGUGAUUGUAGACAGCUCCAAGGCAGGACGGUCAACUUUGUACAAGUGGAGUGACCGACCAGACCACAAUGAAACUGGGUUCUACUCCUACCAGUUUCUCCACGAAUGGUUUCGCGAUACAGAUGCUGAGUUUGUUGAAUUGGACAGGAAGUCAUACCUUAUUUUGGCCAGUCGCUCUCAGUCACCCGUCAUCUACCUGUGGAACAAAAGCAACCUGAAGUUCAUAUUUCAUAGUGAAAUCCCAAAUGUCGAUGAUGUGGUGGCAGUCAAAUCUUUCCAGGUGGAGGAUGUGUUGUAUCUCGCCAUAACGUGCUACAUCGGUGACUCCAAAGUUCUCAAAUGGACCAACAAGCAGUUCACUGAGGUGCAGGUUCUGCCCUCUCGAGGAGCAAUGAUCCUGCAACCUUUCACCAUCACGGGCAGGCAUUACCUUGCCCUCGGCAGUGACUACUCUUUCACACAGAUCUACCUCUGGAAUGUGGAGAUCAAAACCUUUCACAAGUUCAAGGACAUUUAUGUGCAGUCGCCCAGGUCUUUUACGGCAGUGACCACCGAUCGAAGGAAUUUCAUUUUCUCCUCCAGCUUCAAGGGCAAAUCGAUGGUUUUUGAGCAUAUUAUUGUAGAUUUAAGCUUGUAAAACUUUGCCAAAAUAAUUACGAUCACACUAUGAGUUGAUCAGUCAGAUCAAAAUCAUAUGUAUGGUACAAAGGAGCCUGGGAUGCUCUAUGUCCUCCUUAUGCAACUAGACAUAUCUUUCUUGUUUUGAGGCAAACACCUCUGGCGAGUUUCUGCAUAUCCAUUUCUGGCAGUUAUGGUGGUACAGUUAAUGAUAGACCCCAGGCAGUUAACUUGAAACUGAAGGCUGAUAAAGGUUUUAGCAUGAAGAAAAAUGUAUGGCAUACUAGAUAUUAUCUCUAAAAGUAUUUUUAUUUUAUUUUUUUAUUCUGUCAAGCAAACAAUAGCCCAGCAAAGGGGUUGUCCAUUCAGUGCAUGACUACCACAGACUAUAGCCUGUCCAAUGCACAGGUACUGUAGUAAGAAACCCAUCCAUUGAGGGUUAUAUAAGAUUAAAACCCAUUAUAUAUGAUUCUUCAUGAUGCACCUGUAAGCUCGGUGUGCAUUUAGCAGCCACUGUUGCCUUAGUGAGUGAAAGACAGAAAGUGAGAAACCUGAAAUAGUGACUAUAGGGACUGAAACCAUUCUGCACAAACAAGACUGAACAAAACACUGAUUUCUUGAUGGCACACAUUUUCAUACAGUCUGUCCUGCAAAGUAUUCAUAGUGUAGUGUGUGGUUGUGCAAACAAAUUGUCAAAGGUGACCCUUAAAUGCUUUAAACUCUGUAGGUGAGGUGAUUUGUUUUAGACAACUGGUGGAAAUUUGCCUUCUGAGCAGCCAGUAUAAAUCCUGAAACUAUCGCAUUUCAGUAGGUGUUAUGACUGAUGAUUUACUGUAAAGGUGCAUGACACAAAGGUUUCCUUAUUAACCACAAAUACAGAAGAAUGUUGGUUGAGCUUAUUUCUAAUUCCACAGCAUUUAUAACAAGCUACUGUAUAAAGGGAGUGCCUGAUUAGUAGCAAAACAAGAUCGAAUUUACUCUGGUUUCUAUGCAAAAUGUACAAUACUACUGUAUGUGUUACUCUAAAUUACAAUCAUAAGCUUAAUCGUUUGCUGCUAUGACUUGAAAUAACAUUUAAACCACACAUGUGUGUGUUUGUGUUUUGUUUUUUCUUUAAUGAUUCUGUAAUAUUUUCAUGUAUUGUACAUUUUACCAAGUGUUUGACUUGGAAUAUAUACAUCUUUUUCACAUACACAACAAUGUUAUUAUGUGUAAAUCAGGCCAUGGUCUUGCUACUAAAAAAUAUUAAAUGCUAACAAAAUCUACUAUAGGCAAUAAGCAAUACAGUAUGUGUGCUAAACAUGAUAAAAACUGAUCUUUUACACAGCCUUUAGUUCUAUAAGAAUUACACUGUGGAAACGCAUUAAAGA